AUGGAAGCGGGGCCAGGGCGAGCCCACCCCUCUGGGAAGGAGGAGCGGAGGGCAGGACAGAGGGUCUGUGUGCCCGGCUGUGGGGAAGGCUCCCAGGGCGCCAGGCCGGCGUGCGCCAGCUGCGGGGGGAAGAUCAGAGGCCCCUUCCUGCUCCGCGUGGCGCCCGACACAGAGUGGCACAUGGGCUGUCUCCGCUGUAGCUGCUGCCGGCUCAGCCUGGCGCACAGCCCCACCUGCUUCCUGCGCGACGGCAGGGUUUACUGCCGAGCCGACUAUCUCAGGCUCUUCUCCACGAGAUGCGCCCGCUGCCGGGAGACCUUGCUGCCCUCUGACCUGGUGUUACGGGCCCGCGGGGCUGUCUACCACCAGGCCUGCUUCCGCUGCUCCCUCUGCCAACGCCGGCUGCUGCCCGGUGAGCAGUUCGCUCUGCGGCCGGACGGGUUGCACUGCCCCAUGCACCAGUGGCCUGGGCAGGAAGGGGCAGGGCCAGAGGUGCCGGUAUCAGCCUGGACCAAGUGGCACCGGUCAGCGACGGGCUCCAGCAUCCCCGUGGCCCAGGGCGGCUCAGGGAAGCUGACCCGCGUCCGCACCGUCCUGAACGAGCGGCAGCUCCAGGCCCUGAGCUCCUGCUAUGCGGCCAACCCUCGCCCCGACGCCGGGCUGAAGGAGCAGCUGGUGGAGCUGACCGGCCUCAGCCCCCGCGUCAUCCGGGUCUGGUUCCAGAACAAGCGCUGCAAGGACAAGAAGCGGAACCUUGUGAGCCAGCUGCAGCCGCCGCCCCUGAGCCUGCAGGGUGCCGUGGGGACCUGGAUGGUGGCCGCCAGCCCGCAGCCCCAGGACGAGGCGUAUGCAUGGAGCCCGGUGGAGGUUCAGAGGGGCAGGCCCUCCUGGCAGCUGGUGAGCAGCACCGAGGAGGCAGGUUUCUCCCAGCUGCUGCGGCUGACGGACCCGGAGCAGCUCGGCUGGAGGGGAGGCCAGACCCCCCCAGCAGAGCCCACCGGAGGCAGUGAAACUUCGCUGCAGUCCAGGGAGAUCCUGCCCAUUUACCCCAGCUGA